CCCCGCCCUAUAAAUUCCGCGGCGCGGAGCUCCUCGGUCUCUUUGUGGGCGGCGAGCGGAGAGGGCGGAGUUGUAAGCUUGAGAAGCUUGAAGUGAAUGGGGCAUUGAUUUUUCAAGACCCUGACUGAGUGUGAGAUGCUAACAGCAGAAAGUAACCUGUCUGCCUAGUGGGAUGAUCUAAAGCAAUAUGCCAGGAAAACGCACUGCAAAGAAAAGCCCUACACCAGAGGAAGGGUCUCCUGAAAGGAAGAAGCUUAAAGAUGCAGUUUGCCACCCUUCACACCGGACAGAGCCUGGCCUGGUGCUUACGCUGGGGCAGGGGGAUGUUGGGCAACUGGGCCUGGGGGAGGAUGUGAUGGAGAGGAAAAAGCCAGCGUUGGUGCAGCUCCCGGAGAUGAUCGUCCAGGUGGAAGCAGGAGGGAUGCACACGGUGUGCCUCAGCGAGACGGGCAAAAUCUACACCUUUGGCUGCAAUGACGAAGGCGCCCUUGGGCGUGACACCUCUGCAGAAGGGUCGGAGAUGAAGCCAGGGGAGGUGGAGCUGCAGGAAAAGGUGGUGCAAGUCUCUGCAGGAGACAGUCAUACAGCUGCGCUGACAGAUGAUGGCAGGGUUUUUGUCUGGGGCUCUUUCCGGGAUAACAAUGGGGUGAUUGGGUUGCUGGAGCCCAUGAAGAAGAGCUCAGUUCCUGUGUUGCUUCAGCUCGGUGGACCGGUUGUUAAAAUUGUCUCAGGGAACGACCACUUAGUGAUGCUGACAGUGGACGGUGACCUCUUCACAUGUGGCUGUGGUGAGCAGGGCCAGCUGGGGAGAGUGCCGGAGCUCUUUGCCAACCGAGGCGGAAGGAAAGGCCUACAGCGCCUGCUGGUCCCCCAGCGUGUUCCUGUCAAAGGCAGAGGCAACAGAGGCAAAAUGCGCUUCAAGGAUGCCUUUUGCGGGGCUUACUUCACCUUUGCCGUCACGCAGGAGGGACACAUCUAUGGCUUUGGUCUCUCUAACUAUCACCAGCUGGGGACCCAGGGCACCGAGCCCUGCUUCUCUCCGCAGAACCUGACGUCGUUCAAGAACUCCACCAAGUCCUGGGUUGGGUUCUCCGGUGGGCAGCACCACACGGUGUGCAUGGACUCAGAGGGUAAAGCCUACAGCCUGGGCAGGGCUGAGUAUGGUCGGUUAGGUCUCGGGGAAGGGGCAGAAGAGAAGAGCACCCCCACAGUCAUCCCGGAGCUCCCCAGCGUCUCUUCUGUCGCAUGCGGCGCAUCAGUCGGCUACGCUGUCAGCAGUGAUGGGAGAGCGUUUGCCUGGGGCAUGGGCACCAACUACCAGUUGGGCACAGGGGAGGAGGAUGAUAUCUGGAGCCCCGUGGAGAUGACGGGCAAGCAGCUGGAAAACCGCACAGUCCUGGCCGUGUCCAGUGGAGGCCAACACACUGUCUUGCUGGUCAAGGACAAGGAGCAGAGUUGAU